UUCGAUUGUUGUUUCCUUUAAGAUUUUUGUCUUAGCAGAUACGUUAGAUCGAGAAAUGGACAUGGCACCAACACGUGAACUAUUUUAGCGGACCGCUAAUUUCCACUUUCUGUGAUACAUCUUUAAUUACUACUUUGUCUCAGCCAUAAAUCAUUCGCUGAACAGUUUGAGUAUUGACUUGGCGGUUCGAACUCGAUGAGACACACGGUUACUCUGAUAAUAAUAAUGUUCAAAAGUGUUGAUCGAAAGUCGUGAAAUUAGACAAUGGUUUGAAUAUCAUCAGUGUUAUCAUUGGAAAAUCCGUAUGGUGUGAUUAGUGGGAAUAAGUUCGUAUGUGAGGGCAUCGCAGUCGAACAUCCAAAGUGUUUUGUAGCAUAAAGACUGGACUCUGUUGGAUCACAUUUCCUGUGUUUUGUUGAAGAAUAACAAGUUUAGGAAGAAUAUGGAGUAUUACAUACGAAUGUCGUUGCGCCAAUGGCUGGCAAUGUUUGCUUUUUACGCCAUGUAUGUGUUCCUGGGAGCGUCCAUCUUUUACACAAUUGAACAUAAUUUGGAAACGGAACGCAGAGCAGCUCAAUUGCAGGAAAGAAUCGACAUGAACGAUCUUCUGACCACGUACACAUCUCCGAACGACAUCGAGUUACAAAACAAAAUCCUCGAUCAGGUAUCUGAUUACUGUGGCCGCAAAGUAACCAAUCAUACCCUCGACGAACAUGUGGAUCCGUACGUUUGGAACUUUUUCCAUGCCUUCUACUUUUCGUUCACCACCUGCACAACAGUUGGCUAUGGCAACAUCUCACCGUCAACCUCACUAGGAAGAAUAAUUUUGUGUUUCUACGCUCUGUUUGGCAUACCAAUAAGUUGCUUUUUCAUCGCUAGUGUGGCGCAUUUUUUCGCUGCAACAUACGUUAGACUCCACAAGCAGUACAUGGAAUACAAACAUGCAAACACUAAGAAUUAUGUUCCUCCCGCUGUCGGAUUCGCUGGGAAAAUUUGCAUGUAUCUUACACCAGGGCUGGUCAUUUUCAUAUUCGUGCCGGCAAUUCUCUUCUCUUAUUUUGAAGAAUGGGAUUACGUACGAUCGGUAUACUACUCAUUUGUCACCUUGAGUACAGUUGGAUAUGGAGAUCUGGUGCCGACAUUUCAAUCUCAUCAGGAACGAGAAUUUCAUCUGUACUUUUUAGCAUAUGAAAUUUUCAUAAUUUUUUGGAACAUUGCCGGUUUGGGAUACGUGUUGAUGUUAAUAAAUUUUGUUGCCAAAGCAAUGAAAUCUAAACGAGUGGCUAAAUGGGAACAUAAAAUUUCCCAGAAUAUCAAAGCAACUGAACAUCUUGUGCGACAAGAAGUCUCCAAAGAUUUGAACUUUUUGCGACGUCUUCUUAACGAAGUUAACUUGUUGAAAGUUAAGCCCGUUUACAACGAUGUUUCCUCCAAAAGACAAAGUAUAUUUUUACCGCGAUCCUCGUCCUGUCCCGAUCUUUCGUUGUACCAUUACAAAAACACCGGACGGUCAGUGCUCGGUAGAUCAUAUUCAUUAGCCCCUGACUCAACGCCAAUUAGUUUACGAAUGGGUUCGACGAAUUUGCAUAAAACGCAAUCCGACAGUGACCUGUACCACAUCGAUCGUCAAAAAACAUUCCGAAAUUCGACAAACAGCCGUGGCGAGGACGAUUUGAUAACAAAGGUGGUGUCAGCAUUGGGCAGUAUUCGACAACAAGAUGAAAUUGAUCGGAGUGGCUCGGAAAUGGGUAUAAACGGAUUUUCGGAUUCUCAAAUUUUAUCGUCGGAAAAAAGUUAUUCCGCUUGGUCAUUGCAUCGGUGCGAUGCUGAGCUGCAUGCAUCCCGUGCGAGUAGUUUAAGUAAUUUUAAUCAAUUGACCUGGAACGGAAGAAAUUCGAAUGAAAUCAGAGCAACAACAGACGCGACUGUUUCGUCACGGCCGAACGUUUUCAAUCGUUCAGUUAGUUUGCACAUUCCAGACGAUGAGGAUAACAAAGAUUUACAAAAUGUUGUCAACAAAGAAGCGCUGAAUCGAAUGCUCAAGAAGCCACGCGUUCGAUUACUUUCAGAACAGAGCAAACGAAAUUCGGUUGUCUUUUCAGAAACGGAAAAAAGGAAUGCGAAACGGGAUUCCAUCAUCAGUUUGCCGCGUGAAUACAUAUCGUCCACUUCAAGGGGCAGAGACAGCAUAAUUUCGAUUCUGGAUGCGCCCAUACACGGAACAAAGUCAGAAUUGUUAGAAAAUACUUCAAUUGCAGACCUAAUUCGGGCAUUGGAAGUGGUUCACACAUCGGCUGUCUACGAAAAUGGACCGGUAAAUGCUUCACCAAAGAUGAAAAGUCAUCUAAGCCAAAUGGUUAAUAGUAGACGUGGUUCCCUUCGUCCAAUACCCGGCUACACAACCGUUUUCUCCAGCUCUGAUAACAAGGAGCACAUGCGGAAAAUUUCCACUCAAUCAACUCCAAAUCCAUCGUCCUUUUCUCGUCACUUAUCGCUACUACCACACUAUCCUCCACCACAAUAUACGACAACGGUCGCACUAAAGCCGACUGUACACCGAUCUAGUAUACGUUUAGCAAACACAUCACCGGAGCGAAACAAUCCGUCGAUACCACCAUCAAUAUUGUUACAAAAGAAAUUGCCACACGGCCCGAGUCCGCUGGCCAGAAAUACGUAACGCAAGAAAACUUUGUGGAUGAAAGGAAAAACCGUCGAAAGAGGGCGUUGUAUAUAAAUGUUUGCAGUG